AUUUCUGUUGAAAAAUGAGUCAACCGAAAACAAUUUCGGUCAUCCUAGUUCUAUCUCAGUGCCGGUGCGCAUGCUCACUCACUCACUACUCCUUGUCUCUGACACACUCGCGUACGGAAAUUGGAAUCUGUCAUUUCUCUUUUCAUCUUUAAUUCUCCGGCGAUCACUGAUUCAUAAAAGUCUCCGGCAGUGGUCUCUGAUUUAUUUUUUGCUAUUCCAGGUUGCAUCUAUACUUCUCUCUCUCUCUUUCCUUUCGCCCUCGCAUGCAUUUCGUGUCCUUUGCCAGGGUAUCCAUAGUUAGGAUAGAAGAUCGGAAUCUUCAAUACUAAGCGCGCUCAGUGAUACGCCGUCCAGAAAGGCGCCGGUCACAAGCAAGAUCUAAAGUCUCAUGUCCCAAGCAAAUUGACUAAUCACCAACUGACGUGACUUCGCGGCAUUGAACAAGAAGUCUCAGCCACUGUCAAGAUCCCAAGAGCACUGUAUCACCAGCUUCCUCCAAUUGCCGCCUGUCACAAGAGACAUCCAAGAUAGGUAAUUGCUUUUAAAGCUCUAAAACUUGUCAAUGGCGAUUAUAACUGAAGAGCAAGACCAGCCCCAAUCCCCCAAGAGAUCACACUCCCAAACCCAACCACCCAGAAGUGACAAACUCAUUUCAACUCCCAAUUCGAAAUCCCAAACUGCCAACCCCUUUACCUUCUGGUUCUACUUCACCCUGUUAGUCUCCCUCACCACCCUUGUUUUCAUCUCCCUCUCUUAUCUAAGCCCUCAUCAAGACCCCAAGUCUUGGUUUUUAAGCCUACCCAAUAAUCUUCGUCAGCACUACAUAAAGGGUCGCAUUAUUAAGGUCCAAACAAGCCCAAAACAAGCACCCAUUGAGGUUUUUACCAUGGAACACGGCCCUGUUGGGUCUGAAAAUGUUGUGUUAGUUCAUGGUCUGGGUCUUAGUUCCUACUCCUUUCGUGAAGUUAUCAGUAUUUUAGGCUCAAAAGGUGUUCAUGUGGUUGCUAUUGAUUUACCUGGAAACGGGUUUUCUGAUAAGUCAGUAGUAGAGGUUGUUGAGGGAGGGAAUGGGGUUUUUGGCAGGCUUUUGGAUGUGUAUGAUGAAAUCCAAGAAAAGGGUUUGUUUUGGGCAUUUGAUAAGGUGAUUGAGACUGGGCAGAUUCCUUACGAGGAAAUUGGGAACCGGGUUUCAAAGAGGAAGGUCAUUAGACCAAUUGAAUUGAAUCCUGAUGAGAUUGGGAGGGUGUUGGGGCAAGUGGUUGAGACAAUGGGACUGGCUCCUGUGCAUUUAGUUUUGCAUGAUUCUGGUUUGGGCUUUGGUGGUAAUUGGGUUUUGGAGAAUCCAGGGUUAGUGAGGAGUGUGACGCUUAUUGAUACUGAUUCUAAAGCAGUAGGGGCAUUGCCUUUGUGGAUUUUAGAAAUUCCAGUUGUUAGGGAGGUCGUGCUGGGUGUUUCAAUUGUGUAUACACAGUUUAUAAACUUGUGUUGUUCAAGGGGGAUUGGUGUUUCAGAUGCAGAGGCACAUAGACUUCUUUUGAGGGGAAGGGAUGGUAGGAGAGCUGUUGUAGGUAUGGGGAGGAAGAUGAAUCAAAGCUUCAAUAUAGCUGAGUGGGGUGGUUCAGAUGGUUUAAAAGAUAUGCCCAUGCAAGUUCUUUGGUCUAGUGAUUGGUCCAAAGAAUGGAGUGAAGAGGGACAUCGUGUUGCUGAUGCACUUCCACAGGCAGCUUUUGCCACACAUUCUGGUGGGCGGUGGCCUCAUAAGGAUGCAGCGGAUAAGCUAGCUGAAAGUAUUGUUCAAUUUGUUUCCUCAUUACCCAAAUCUGUCAGAAAAGUUGAGGAAGAGAUUAUCCCAGAACAUAUUCAGAAGAUGUUUGAUGAUGAAAAAAGAAGUGAUAAUCCCCAUCACCAUGCUCAUGGCGGCCAUGACCACCAUGAUAGUCAUGCUCAUGCUCAUGGAGCUGGUUACAUGGAUGCAUAUGGGCUUGAUCGCGGAUGGUCAAGUUGAUGCCUUUUCCUUUUCUUCUCUACCACUACUUGGCAGUGAUUGCAACUGAACUAAAUGUUAGAUCUUGCCCAGGGGCUUUUCCUUUUGAUGCCAUAGAUACUUGGGAUUUCUGAUAUCAUGACAUGCUUGAUACCUCCAUGGAAAAAGCUUCACAUCAUAUAUUAACGUUCACAACUUUUGAAAAUGUAAUGUUGUAUUUAAUCAUUAAGGUGAGCUCAAUUUAGUACAA